GCUCUCCCCAGGUGCAAAGAUGGGGUGCUUCACCUUUAUCAAGGUCAUGAUGAUCCUCUUCAACCUGGCCAUAUUUCUCGGUGGCGGGACCCUCCUGGGAGUUGGCAUCUGGGUCACAGUGGAUGAAAAGUCAUUCCUGGAUAUAUUUGGGACGCUCUCCUCUAGCAUCCUGCAGGUUGUGAAUGUGAGCUACUUCCUCAUCGUCAUCGGUUCCAUCCUGCUGGUGAUCGGCUUCCUUGGGUGCUACGGUGCCCAGAAGGAGAGCAAAUGUCUCCUGAUGAUGUUCUUCUCGGUGGUGCUGAUCAUCUUUAUUGCCGAAGUUGCUGCUGCUGUGGUGGCUCUGGUCUACACAGGUCUUGCAGAGAUGCUACUGACAAGUGUGGUGACCCCUCUCCUGAAGGAGAAGUAUGGGGAGGAUGACAGUCUCACACACAUCUGGAAUGUCACCAUGGAGGAGGUCCAUUGCUGUGGCCUGAAUAACUACACGGACUUCACCAACUCCACCUGGUAUGAGAAAUACAGAGUCUACCCAGAGCCCUGCUGUAAGGGCAUGCAUCCCUGCAACGACACGCUCGCGGCACAGGAGGAGGUCCAGGGUUGUUUUGAUAAGAUUUUGGAAGAAAUCAGGACUAACGCAGGUGUGGUGGGUGGCGUUGCAGCCGGCAUCGCUGCCUUGGAGAUUGCGGCCAUGGCAGUUUCCAUGUACCUGUACUGUCAUCUGGAUCAGAAAUGA